AUGGACUACUCCGGGUUCAGGCUGCACCUGACCCCGGAACUCCGGAGGUACGACGCUGGAAUCCUCUGGACCGGGAUUGCCCUCUUCCACACCCUCCUCAUCCCUGCCCCCGUCCAGGCAUACAGGACCUACGGAUACUGUGACACGGGGCCCUUGACCCAGAGUCCGAACCAGACGGUGGGUCCGCUGAAAGUGAUCGGUGGAUAUCUGCACACGCACCUGCUGGGAUCGAAGCUGCGGGUUCUCCGCUUCAGAGCCGGGAAACAGAUCGGUGUAGUGCUGCAGGACCAGACCUUCGACCCCGCGCUCCAGGAGCCCAAGUUCCUGCUGGAACCGGCCACCGUCGAGCGGGGGGACGUCCUCAUCACCGAGUGCACCUUCAACACGAUGCAGCGCGCAAAGAUGGUGAUGGGGGGCCUGGACACGGUGAACGAAAUGUGCAUGUCCUUCCUCGUCUAUUACCCCCGCAUCGACAUCGAGGGCUGCCUCAGCUUUCAGAACACCAGCACGGUGGCCGCUGCCCUGGGGGUGACCGCGAGCAGUGACGACGAACUGUACCGGAUUCUGGACGCCAGGAGCUGGAACGCGGAGCAGGCCGCAGACAUGGAGGCGAGGGUCCGAGACGCCAGUCAGUCGCUCUUCAUCGUCGCUGACCCGGAUAUCCGGGAAGGGCAGGUGAAGAUGCCGGAAAUCCCGAAGGAGGAGACCACCCCAUGUGUGAGGACUCUGGACGCGGGGGCUCCCGCCCGCACCGGACUUCCCGUUGCCCUACUCCUGACUGCCCUGGUGUCCUGGGUCUGUUGUGGGGGCGUUUAAAGGCUGAGGCCGUGUCCCACCGAACCCAUCCACAGGACUCGUCCAGUCACACCCCUCUCCUGGGGAGAUCCAACUCCCCCACCUCCGCAUUCCCCUCC